AUGGUCUGUUUUACUAGGUUGUGCCAAACCCUUUUCCUGCAGCCGAACCCCAGGAUCAAAACCAGGACCAAAACCAGACUCUCCUUGGAAGGCCAACCAAGUAGUGCCAAACAAACGUACUUUUCAAAGCAUGCGGAUACUUUUUCCAGAGUGGCUGGUAGCGAAGUGCUAACUCAGGACCCAGUAUCCCUUUUCGUACCAGCGCCUCGCAGGUUUUUCUCUCCCUGCAGGCGGUCAGUGGUCUCAUAUUCCAUGGUUGAUGCAAAGUCUUUUGUUUUGCGCUCGAAAUCAUACGCUACCAGCGCCAUGGUAGGGUAA